UUGCCACAGAUUCGGUUCGACACCUCGCAAUCCCGCAAUACCUUCUGGACCGGCAUAUUAACAGCCCAUUCAGAGGAGAGGCUUAUCGAGGGAACUCGCGGAGAGACGAAAUCAGAUCUCUUUCCCCAACUACACAAACAAAGCGGCUUCAUCCUGAUAUGGGCUCGCGGGUAGCCUAAAAUUGCAGCAAACUGCAGAGCGAGCAUACAAAUAUCCAUAGCGGAUAAACAGCUUUUAAGGGUCGCCGCACUCGAUGUCACUGGCCCUGCGUACGUAAGCAAAGUCUUGGCAAUUCCUGCUCCGAGCUUCAACAUCGACCUAUCUCAACGCUCUGCCACCGCUAGCAGCUCGUCUGCCGCUACCACGACACAAUGCUCGCCCGAACCCUCCGUAUGCGCACCACGGCGCGUGCUAUUCCCCCGAUCCUCCGUGCGUCCUACGCUUCGUCGCCCGCAACCACCGUCAAUCAGGUCCCAGCCAACGACCCGCAUCCGCGCGACCCUAAGCCCAAUGUCUCCGCAACCAAUGCGACGCCCACAUCUUCAGAGGGAUCGUUCGACAAGAUCUUGGUAGAGAGUGAGGAGAAGGGCGAGGAGUUGAGGGUGACGCAAGCUCCGAAUCGGCAGGGGCCGAACCGGAAGGCGAUUUGGUCACGGAGCCAGCAGCCGAGGGAGAUUGCGAUGACGGGCCCGCGGUUUGAGCAGACUAUCUUUGAGGAUCAGCCUCGCCCCUACGCCGCCAUCGAAUUGAUCCACAAGCAGCCCGUCCGCUGGACCAAGGAGCGGGUCGUGUCUUGCGAUGGAGGAGGAGGUCCGCUCGGGCACCCCAAGAUCUUCAUCAACGUGGACAAGCCGCAGAUUUGCUGGUGCACAUAUUGCGGCCUUCCUUUUGCCCACGAGCACCACCGGGAGCAUCUUGAGUCCCUACCGCAGACGUCGUAUCCCCUUGGUCCCAGAGGAGACCCAGCUGAGGUGCAAGAAUCACAGAGGAUUACAGAUGAGCCGCUUGGACAGCGAUAGAUGAGACUUGUGGAACGGCGAACAAUUGUAUAUAUGUAGUAGCACUCAAGACGCAUUUCCAGAUGACAAAAACGGAGCAGGGGUUUUUUGAUCGAUCGAUUUUCCGUCUAAAAUGAAUGAAUUGUGUCUGUACCAGCUCCUAUACACUCUCUCUCCUCCUAUCAACUAUAAUGGAGCUGGGAUCGGAGCUUCGGAGGAUCAUUGUUCCGAUGGACGUCAUCCCAAGCUACUUGACGCAACUCUCACAAAG